UUCUUCAAAAUACCCCAAAUUUAGUCAUUUCACGUUGUUGUUUUGCAGAGGACGGCUAAGAAAUGAACAAAGAUUUGUUAGGCACGUGACAAACCAUUGUUCUACUCAUUAAACCUUUUGUUUGGUGGUGUUGUCCUUGCCGUCGUCGUCGUGGUUUGCUUAAGAUCCGUACUUUCGAAAGUUGCACAACCGCAAAAAUUGACGUGUUUACCCUGAUCCAAAACAAAACAUGUAUGGAUUAAACAGAGGUUUUCGUUCCAGUUGCUCUAUUUCUGCAAAAGAGUAUUUGCAAAUUUUAAACUAUUGUUUUAGAUCUGUGCUACUUCUGGACGAUUGUCCCCGCUGACCAGGGAAAAAGUUUUUUUUAUAUGGCAUCUCUUCGUCACUGCUAGAGUUAAAAUGAAACUACUUGCGAGGUCAAACCUUACAAUUUUCUGUGUGGACUAAAUUUUAUGUCUGAACACGAAACAAAGUACAAGAACACCACCGACAACAGCGACAACAACAACAACAAAUGUAAACAAGUGGGAAAAUAGCAACAACUAAAGCAUAAACAACUUUGAACGCAUCGUGCCUGUAUCGUCAAUGCAGGAGUCAGUGGUAUUAAAGUUAGGUGCAUGCGUGGUGGGCACUCGUAGUCGGCCAUGUGCCGUUAUCUGUAAUUGCUCUCCACCGUUAUGUUACGAUUCGUGUCAUCGGUUUACUUCUGAGUCAUUUCUCACAGGUGUUGUGCUUCUAAACGUUCUCCUUGCUAUGCCACAUCACUUUGUUAAUCGGGUAGAUUUAAAAAUUCGACAGUAUGCACCAUGAAAUCAGCAAAUAUUGUCCAUUUGAUUCCCCAAAAUCUUUGCUAUGAGGCUUUAAGGACCGGCCGGACCUUGUACUUAAAUGCUCAAGAUAAUUUAAAUAGCAGCAAGUACGGGAUGGACGAGAGAGAGCGAGAGAGAGCAAAAAACUGGUGAUUGAUAUGCAAGUUAAUUGAGGAAGAUAUAUUAAGGAUAAUUUUCUAGACCUCGCCGGAGUGAAAAAAAUCAAGUAUCGAUUGGCAGUAUCGGGGUUGCAUGUGUGCAGCUGCCCCCUCACCGUGAAACGAAACACCGUGAUCUUUAAGGAAAACAUGUUUAUGUCCUAUAUAACCACAAAAAAUGCUCUUACAAAAAUUGCCACAAUGCACUCCUUAUCUGGUUUGAAUUAAAUGAGUAAAGUUUAUAGAGGUCAACAAAGAGCCCAACAGUAAGUAAACAUCUUUGGUACAAAUUUAACUGCUCUUUGAAGUGACGAGAGAAGAGGUAAUAAGGAAAUGUUUUAAGUUAGGACCACCUACCUUUAUUUAUACAUUCUAUGGGUUUUACUGAUUACAGACGGAAAUAUUUGAGUCAUACAAUGUCAUUUGUGGCCAAUUUUUCCUUGUGUCUCGAUCGGCGGUGAACUAAACAUUCAAUUUAAAAAUUUGAAUGUUUAGUUCACUGCCAAUCGAGACACAAGGAAAAAUUGGGAAAAGAGUAAGAAAGAAAAGGCUUCGAUUUCCAAGAGUGAUUGAAACAUAAUUUCUCCGUACGAUAGUAAUGUAUUGUCAAGCCGUCAUGUAGGAAGAAUUAAGAAACUCGUCAACUGAAGCAUACAAUUGAUGUUCCCCGUCCACCUCUGAAAACUGAGUCAGCAUGAUUUCAGAAAGUAAGGACGACGAGAAACUCCAACGAAACAGAAGCUGUUGUUUCGACAGAUUGCACGAAGAAACCAGGAGCUCUGAAUGGGCAACAAAUGGCCAGCACUUCAGCUGACAACUGACAAAUGAUCUUAAAUGUUGACUGACAGAUUUGGCCUUGUUCCCCCUCCACACUGUCAACUGGUAAAUUGUCCAAAUUUGAAAUUACUACCUAUUUAAUCCAGAUCCUCUCGAGCCCUUCGUCAACUUGCGUUUCUGCAAAAGGUGUAAUUGUUUUUAUUUUGUCAAUCUCCUUAUUCCGCUCCUCACGUAGACUUGAAGCAAUGAAUACCUUUGGACGAUAAUUACUGAAGUCGGUCAAAAAUAGCGAUUACAACUUCUAGUUCAAAUUUACACUAGCAGCACAUGAAAUAUUGCUUUGCAUGUAAUAAGUGAUUGUUUGCUUUACACCCAAUAUAUUUAUAGCGCGUUAUUUAUGGAGGCACGCGUGCGCGAAAGCCCGUGAGAGGAUAAACUGGCGCGUAAGGUGUGCGCCGUAUAUUUGCUCUUGGUUAGACAUUUGGGCAAGCUCGGAAUAUAAUUUGUCCUUAUCAAUAUUGCAAAUAUUUAUUUUAAUGUUAGACCUGACUGAAUUUUGCCAAUUAAAAAGGAUCAUCUACCAUUAUAAUCCGUUGUACCUAGUUCUUUGUCGUCAUUCUGUCUGCAAUGAACUGACAGAAAAAAGAAAUUGGAUUUUUGGGGAAUUAAUGCAUUCCUGUAAUCACUGCUUCGCUCGAAAAACGCAAAACACUGAAAGUUACACAAAACUACGCACAGACAAAUCUCGCCUUUUGGGAAAAAGCACCUAGCCUUUCCUUCUUUGUUUCAUCUUUCAUCGCUGACAGCUAUUCUUCGUGAACUUGCUUUGUAAACCAUACUUUGGUCAAGAGAAAUGAAAUACACAUACGCGAAGGGUCAGAGUAUUUUUAGUGGCUCCUUGGCCUUUUCUCCUACACAGAUAGUUCUACGCGUGCCCGAAGAACAAAAUCCACGUUCCUGAAAUUCUUUUUUGAACUGACGAAACCAGAUCUAGCCAUGAUUACAUUGCAGCACCAGAAGUAUUAAUCAAGGAAGAUCUUUCAGCAAUUCGCCUUGUCAAAACGUACCCAACUUUAUUUUGGUGCUACUCAGUUUGAAACGUUCUUGUAUUUGCUUCGUGAACAGUCCCAGGCUAUUUUAAUCCAUUGCUCUGUAGGUUUUCUUUGAUCGAUUCUGUAAUGACCUCGCCCUCAAGUACGUGCUCUGCUAGCAGAACAUAAAUGUACCGCUUCAUUUCCUUUCGUUCAAAGAUUAGCUGCAGUAAGAAACCCCGCUGGAGAGCCGCGUCGUGUCAACAGACCACCCACCAUGAAACCAACGUGUGUAAAGUCAUGUGUGGCUAACGUAAACUCCGUAACGCCAGCCUCCUGAGUCACGCGCCCUCCAAUCUAUUUCCCAGUAUGGACCCUUUUCAGUUACAAGCCCCUGGGAUGUAAGUUACGCCCCUCUGAUAUUAAGCUCCCUGUACUUCCUUUGCUAUGGUCGCCACCACAGUCAUGCAGUGAACGUUUCUAAUUUACAUCAUGGGUAAAAGGAAAGAAAAGCAAAAGGUUCAUUACAAGAGCGAGCUUGUUCAGAUUGUUUCAUUUCUACUUUAAGAUUGUAUUUUGACAUGCCUUGAUCGAGCUUGACUAAUAAAAGCAGUUCCAUCUCCGGGUUCCAUCUGUCUUCUGGCAAGUUCCUCAUAUGUUCCUUUUCCUCUUAGAUCCUGAAAGCGACCAUCCGGCAGCGGUUGUCAAAAACCCGUACUGUUUGUAUUUGUAUAAGCCCAGAAGGCUGAGAAUCGCUUUUUGGAGCGCUAAAAGUACCCAAAUGCAUGCGUCCUCAACUUAAAACAUUACAGAACGACGUGGAAGUUUUCAACAACAUAAGCAACAUUCAAUCGGAUUGUAAAAGAUAGAAUUGAUUUUCCACGGGUCGACAGCGAUCAAGAUAGAAUCACGUACCUAGAAAUUAGCUAUUUAAAUUAUUCAGCUUAAAUGUCGUAAUCUGCUUAAUAGGUUGUUUUCUAAGGAAUCAAAACUCGCAUCAGAUGCAGAAAAUUCUUUAUUUAUUCUUAAAACAUGCUGAUGCAUUACUCCUGGUCAAUUUGUUAAGAUUUACUGAUUUGACUUUGGGAUAAGCCGCACUUGUUUUCGCAUUUUGCCUCUUAUCAUUCCAGGUUCUAAAGGUAAUAAACUGAUCUACAGCUUCGAAUUGUUUCAUUUCGUCUGAAGCCUUAUUCAGUUACAAAUACUCAAAAGGUCACCGAUUCCUUCUGAAGCACUUUCGUCUAGAGCGAAUCACUAAAGAACGUUAAGUUUGUCUGGCGCGUGCUUUGUCGUGUGGCCAUUUUUAUACCAAAAACGACCUUAGCUCGGAUGAACAAGACGACCCUGUCUGGGGAAUCUAAAGACUCUUAAAACCGUCGUUUCAGUACAAGUUGAUUUGGGCGGAACCAAAUAAUGGGCCUUUUAAAAAAAACGCACUGAGAUCGCAAGAAUUGCAAAAUCGAAAGGAAAAGAAGCACAAAAUCCCUGACACCUUAGCAUACGUAAAAGCGAUCGUAAGAAAAUAGGCAACUACAGGACUGUCAGAGAUGGAGGGGAAGCUGUGUGACGAAACAGGAGUUGAUGAGAUAUUUUCCUCACUGCAAAGCUUGACUGCUCGUGUGGUCGAACAAGAACUGAUAGUGGUAGAUAUAUCGAUAUCGGCUGAUCUUUCGAUUGACCUCGAUAUCAAACAGAAUAGUGGUGGCUCCAAGAUGUCCGUAUAUUGAACUAAGUAUCAAUAGACAGGCUAACCUAAAUGACCUUACAGCAACAGGCACGAGUUACGUACGGGACACUGCAAGCUGCACAGUCCCUUAGAUGCAAAUGUACCCUCCUGUACUCGAAACCUUAAAAACAACACCUUGACUUCUCCGUUCUCAAUGAUAUUUGGUGAAACGUGUCCGGUAGAUUAUGUAGUGCGUAUAGUGUGCAAAGAAGUGACCCCAAAUUUUAUGCCGGAUUAGUGUAGCAAAAAAACCACUACCACCACUUACAACAACGAACAAAUUAAAUUAAUUAGCGCCAGUCUCGUCAUGAGUUAUUGAAAUCUUCCUGGACUCGUUUGAAGUUUAAUUUACCUUCUCUCACCAAAGUGACUUAAAGCUUCCCGAACAGUAGCACCGCUUCCCUUAGCCCUCGUGCAAAAGAUUAAACUGGAUUUUGUUUAGCAUAGUUGCCUCUAAAGCCGACCCUGGGUAUAGAAUACCAAACAUACUCACAUGGCUUCUUUUCAGUUUCAGCUGUUUGGGUGAUCAAAAUAAGUUCAUCAUUUAAUCCCAGAUUCCAAAGGCAACGAAAUCCAGUAAUAUGGCUAGACACUUCUUUCAUGUGUCAAAGCUUUUACGAAAAGAACUUUAGCAUUUUUUCAUUCUGAACUUGCCAGCAUUCGUAAUAAAAAGGGUUCCAGACCUCCUUUUGGUAAACUGGCAUAAGUACAGCUGAACACAGAGAAAUAACAUGCUAUUAUGAAUACGUGGAAUGGCGUGGGACACCAGAGUCUGUCUGACAAUGCAAACGAUGUACUUUUAGGCACAGGAUUUUGCCAUGUUUGCUGCCGUCGGACAGAAGAAGGAGAGUCAAAGAAUAUAAUCUUUCGUUCGCAGUUUGGCAAAACAAUUUCUCCAUACCACAGGUGAGAGGAUAUUAUUGCACCCUGAAGAAAGAGAAGUAGUGUAUAUCGAGCGAGGGUUGGAAUGAAAAAAAAAAGUUAGUUUGUCUCGUGUUAGUCUGGGAAGAUGCCAUGCUCAUCUUAAAUGACCUAAAGAGGUGAUAAAGUAGAUGUUUACACAGUAAAACCGUGUGAUUUGAAGAAUUCAAUUGACUGUCAACAAUUUAGGAAACUACUACACACACGUAGGCCCUUCCUGAAGUUAAAACAUGACCAUUCAUCAGCGGACGGUUGAAUUACGACCCUGCCAAGUUCCUGCUAAGUACAAUGGAAUAAUAACUUAGAGCAGUGAUGACAUGCUAGCAGGCACGCCUUGCCACGGAAGACUAGAUUUCAAUUUUUGUGAUCAGCUUUGCCGGUGAAAAUUAGAUUUUAGUAUUUUUAACAAAUCCUUAUCAGUCCCACGUUCCCGGCACAAAUAGGAUUAAAGAUAUUAUCGGAAAUAUCAGGAAACAAUUGACAAAAUACAUUUUUGAAACAGGACAUCCUAAAGAGAGAGCUAGAACAUUCUUAGCAAAGAAAAACGAAGGUUGUAUGCCUAACCUUAUUUGGGCACGAGGGCAGACCCUUAUUGAGGGAACCUGUAAGAUAGAACAGCCAAACGUUUCCGAUACUGAGCAAUAAAAACACUAGGGAACGAGGCUCUGUCGCCAAGACGAAGGAGUUAACGAGCGUUAAAACUCUAGCUGUCUUUAACCUGUUUUAACCAACUGUCGUGAUGUUAAUGAACUCUUGCAUUUCAGCCAUCUUGGUAAAGUGAACCUAUUCGGCUAAAGUUUUAUACGAGUUAAUUAAGAAUGAGCUUUUGUUGUUUGUUGAGUGCUAACCCUCUACUCUCGAAUCGUGCGGCUCAUAUAGUAUCAGUGCCACCUACUUCGACUGAGGAGUACUGAUCGAAGAGACUUCUUGUAGCAACGGCUUCACUCCCUCGACCCGAACUCUCGUCGACUGUUUGGUGUCCUGUUAGGUUCGGCCUUCAGUUCACCAGCUAAAUCAUUCGGACACUGAGUGGGCUAUGGGCAGCUCAGUUAUCGGACCAUGUCUGCCCUCGCCUGUUAACCGUGUCGAUAUUUUAUUGUAGAUGACUUUGGAAUCCCACGAUCGACUGAGGAAUCUAGAAUCAAUUACCACCUUUCGAAGUGACUCGGCACUAAUGUUAUUUCCGUCAGAUUUCUUGACACCACGAAACGGCUGGUAGACGUGUGAAUCACUGAUUCAUUGGUGUACUUAAAUACUUUAAUUAAGUUAAUGUUAAAGAAUAAUUCGCCAGUUGUCAAGCUGUUCAACAAGUUGUUAUUAAUAUGCUGGCUAUCGGUUGAAACUGUUAUGGCAGGGCAAUAAUUUGGACAGAGCUAACCAAAAUGUGCCUGAAAACGGUACGAAAUUGUGCUUUGAACGAAAGAAGUGGAAAUUAGAGAUGGCAUUCAGACAGCUGGCAUAAUUUUGACUGUCCUUAAGUUUAAAUGAUUCCUGACCUGCUUGUCGAAAGCUAUAGGUUCUCGUGAAUAGUGGCCCAUCCGGCAUCAACCGACGGAGGGCAUGCUACCACAAUGAACCUUGGAUCAUGCUAGUCCAUGGCCGCCGGCCGGUGAACUCGACAUGUUUCAGAUUGUGGCCCAACAAUUGGUAUCAGUAGCUAUCAUUAUACGGCUUACUAGAGAGACGCCGUAAGAGCAUAAAGGUGUUUGCCCAAUAACUCGUUAACUGAGAAAGUGUCCUUGCAGCUUGAAUAGCUGUGUCCAACGCACAGCGUGCCCACUUCCCACCCCCGGGCUUCCCACACAGGUCAAACUACUGAUGCUCAAUAACCAGAGCUAUUUAUUCUGCUCUAAAAGUAGGAACUUUGGAUAACACUACUAAAACUAAACCAGCCAUAGCCAAAAGAUGAGAAGGUGAUAAUAUAUUUCAGUCUAGUUGACUAGGCGUUGUUUUAAUAGAGCAAGAAUCGAGUGGCCAGUGACAUAGUGGCAAUAAUUACUAGAACACUUGGAGAAAGAGAACUUAGGGGGAAAUAAUCCGCACUUAGUGCUAACGCUCGUUGAAACAAACAAACAGUGACCAAACAAUAGGCAUUUGUUGUUUUUCUAUUUUUUUGUGGUUAGAUGUCUCUCCAGGAUCGAACAACUCACUUCUCUCUGUAGUCAAACAAAGAUCAAUGAUAGUGACCAGAGGAUAGGCACUUCUCAUUUCUGGCAGUAAAUAUCUCUCUCUGUUCAAAGAAUUCAUUUCUCUCUUAUUAGUACUGGUCAAAAAUAGAUCACGGAUGAUAGUGAACAAAGAAUAGGUAUUUGUUGUUUUUCUCAUUUAAUUUCUUGUAGUUUAAUGUUUCUAUCAGUUCAAAGAGUUCACUUCUCUCUAGAGUACAUUAGUAAAAAAUGGAUCAUUAACCGAUGACAGUGACCAGAGGUUAGGUAUUUGUUGUUUUUCUCUUUUGCUGUGAAUGCCUCUCUCUGUUCAAAGAAUUCACUUUUCUCUAUAGUAGAUCAAAAUAGAUCAUCACCGGAAAUAACAGGACUUUGAACAUAGAAACAGGAUUAGGGGCGAAAAAAUCAUCUAAGGAAAUGGUUUUUCAUGAGGACAACAUAAACUGGUUUUACAAUAAAAUUAAAGGAUUAGGGUUUUUGGAGAAAAUGCAUUUAAGAAAAGAAAGCUGUUUUGAGUCUUCAAAAAGGAAACACUUAAAAACGAUGGUGAUAGAGACUCAGCCUUAGGGUAUAAAUGUCCGGGAAAUAUUUCCCAGCAAGAACAAUUAGAACUUAAAAUUCCAACUCACCACGAAACUGUCAAACCUUGUUUGAAAUUUGUCCCAUUUUGAAAGGCAUUUGUCAGCUCUGUCAAUCAUUUUCUUGGGGGUUUGUCAAGAUUUGUCUUAUUUUUAGGCUGAUUCACGCAUCUUGUUCCGUACCUAUGUGAAGGAAUUGUUUUUGUACGCCCAGAAGCCAGACCAGUGCUGUAGGGAACACUUAUGCUUAUGCUGCAAUCUGGUUUGCGUGUAAAGCAUCAACUGCGGGAUCGAGUCGAAGCUUGUUCUUUUCUUCACUAACAAAACCAAGAGUGACGACAGCUCAGUGAAUUGCAUGCAAUAAUAUUUCAAUUAAAGCCUAAAAUGUAUCUCAAGCAGGUCGCCUACGAGGCGCCCUGCGAAUAAUGCUGAAGAGUGACAUCUAAGAGCAUUGCUUGAAGAUUUUGGCAACCUUUGUGUGUCUAAUUGGAGCUACUACGCUGGCACAUACCGAGAAACUCUAAGCGAUAACAAUCAAAGCUAUUCAUUUCUUUAGAAAAACAUUUUUCGCUAAUAUGCUUCCAAUGAGAGAUGUGCUGUCUACUUGCUCAGAGCGUUCGGCGUCCCCAACGAGGAACAGUGACCUUGCAGACACUUUGCAUUCAUGAAUGUAACAUUCUUCAAUCGCCCCUCACUGUAAAUCCCUGCAUAGCCUGGGAAGUGUUAGACGCAGUCUCGCGGUGGUUCGGUUUUUCCCACACUUUGCAAUUAAAUGUAAUGAGAAUAUACACUAGAUUUUAGUCAAGAUAAACUCUAAUUGACGAGAUCAAAAGAUAAGGCCGUUGCGGCGUUAAUUGCGGGUCUGGAUUCUCACGACGGGUUUUUUGUGUCGACGCGUUUCUCACGGAAAAAGACUCUCAUUGAGAGCUCAUGCGGUCAAAUGUUAUCUGCACCAGCCUCAUUGCCAGCUUUGAGACCUUGCCAGUAUGCAAAAAUCUUGUUACGUUCGAAACUUCCUCUGACGUGAAAUAAUUCCCUAAACAGAUGCUUGGGGUUGUCGGAAGUCAUCUAGUGGAGUAUACAUACUAAAACAAUACUAACAAAAACGCGUGUCCAAGAGUUUAUGUCAAAUCAAGGGGCAGCAAAAUAAACUAACAAUUUUCAGACCGAGUUACCCUACAAUUCGGUAACUAAAACCAUAAAGGCCCAGUUAACGUGAUAAUUUUGUCUAAAAUCUAAAACGAGCUCUAGUUGUGGUCAUUAUCUGUUCUUGACACCGCAUGUAUGGAAAGACAAUAUUUUGUUACGGGAAACUUCGAAAAGAACAUCGUUAUGGUCGUGUUAGACCAAUUUGCCACACAGACAUAUAAUAACGCAGCAAAUAUGAGUCGUCUCGUCUGCUUGACACCAAGCUGUUUUUUUGAAUUGCGUUUUAGUUUUCUGUCUUCCCAGUCGAUCAUUUCAAGUUGAUUAAUCCAAGGGGUGUGUCAUUAAAACGCCUGUCACCUCCUUGUGUGGUCUACCACGCAUAGGUAAACACGAUCUCUCAAUUCAUCAGGCCACAUUCGCCAGGUGGCAUUCAGCUAAAGCAGAUCAGAGCGCUCAACCGUCCUGACGGCAUAUCGGAGUUCAGUCGUUCGCGCGCGCCCUCUCGGAGUGCAAGAUUGUACUUCGUCUCACAUAUUAAGUCAAUACAAUUCAUUUUUUAGAAUUGAGAAGUGAGAGCAGAUCCUCAAGGCAUCAUGAAGGCAGAGCGGAUUCUUCGCCAAAUGUGCCUAUUGGUUGCCUUCUUGAUGCUCGACGCCGAAGGCAUUUUUAGACUAACAGAAGGCAAGACUUUUCAAAAGGCUGAUCAACCUGAAGCAGGGACUGCUCCAUCAGUUUUUAUUGAACCUAAACAUAAAACUGUCAGAGAAGGCAAAGGACUGUCGCUAACCUGUACAGCAACAGGCAAGCCUAAACCUCGCAUCAGAUGGAAGAAGAACGGCAAGCCGAUCUCGGAUAAGAAUAACCGAAUCAGAAUAAGAGUCACAGACACAGGGUCCAAGCUGAGGAUAAAGAACUCGACAAUCCAAGACUCUGGGAUGUAUCACUGCGUGGCAAAGAACCAUCACAGAACUUCUGGAAAGGCAGUAGUGGACGUAAGAGUUGGGACAUGUGAACCGUACACAGGGAGCGUCUGCUCAAGUUACAUCUUAAAAGACACUAGAGUGUUAAUUUCACCUCUAACAACACAGCGACAUUCUGAAGACAACAUCGUUCUCGCGGCAUCAACUUUAACAGACUACAUCAACCCAACGUGCAAGAAAUCGCUUUUAAAAGCUCUCUGCUACAACCUUUUUCCACCGUGCCAGAGCAGUAACCAAGUGAAACCGAUGCAACUGUGCAAAGAUGAAUGCGAGAUGCUUCAAGGCAGGACGUGCUCGAAAGAAUUCCCUUUGCUGAGAGAGCGACUUGGCCCAUCCUUAGCUGAAGAGAUUAUUCCAAACUGUGCUAGGCUGACCAGAGAUUGUUCCAUUCCAGGAAGGGACUCAUGUCAGAAAGACACUGUAGAUGUUUCCCAAGCGGUUAUUAAGCCUAUGAGAAGAAACUAUCCAAUAUGCAGCGAGCGAUUAAACAGGAAAUUUAGAAUUUACAACAAAGAGGUCCUCCAGCUCGUAAAGAACGUCAAGUCGGAAUUACAAAAUGGUGGGAUGUUUUUAACCUCACAUUCCAGUGAACUGUCUACGUACUGUUUCUCAGCCGCUGUCCCUUUGAGUAAGCUGGUGCGAGAAUGGAACAUCUAUUACAGCACCCCCCUCCUUCCCAACUUCCAGCGGCCACACGACCUGACAGUUCCCGGAUUGAAAAUCUCCACGUUAAAUUCAAGUGUGAGCUCUCUAUGGAUUCCGCUCGGAACUUCGGCUAAAUAUAAGGUGCACGAGAAAAUUUCCCUUCGUAACGUGACAUUUUACUACCGGUUCCAGUCUGGACACGGUUCGUUUAUUGCAGAGGGUGAAUACAACCUUUGUGAAACAGCUUUCAGGUUAACAGUGGAAACACUUUACGACGGAACCAUCAAGCUGAGCGGCUUCUCCGAAACACCUCUCGAUCUAAGCAACACCGAAACUGUUGAAUUCGUGUCAAGAAGUCUACCAAAUAAGUUAGUUGAGGCCAUCAAAAAUACAAAUUUGUUUGUCCUUCGACUGAUGAAACCAACUAUGGAGGCUUAUAUAAGCGAAGACCUGAUGGUGAAAUUUUCUGGGAAGUCAUACUUCGGGCCCAGAGCCCUCCCUGUCAAGCUUGAGUUUUUUGGCGGGAAAUUGCAUCCACAUGACGUGCUAUUGGUGGGAAUCACAAGCACUCACGUGACUAUAAACCAAGCACUGGAGCUGUUGUUUCCGGGACGGACCUUUCCUUUUUUGGACAUUACGAAACACUCUCCCGAUGGAUCCAGUGUUGGAAUAAUACUAUCUGCGCAUGCUCUGGACCUCAGCAAGACACCGUAUCGCAGAUUUCAACAGCAGCCGCUGUCUUUAGCGUUUCAAGACACAGUUCCUCUAGGUUUAAGCCUGGUAACGAGAGCAACAGUUCCUGUGGAAACACACAACAGCAGUCAAGUCUGUCAGCUUUUCCAGACUAUUUUUGGCCGUGGAAGUGAUUACACAUUGAAGGCGUCGACCAAUUGGGAACACGUCACACUCGACUGGCAUUUUCACCGCCUCUCUAAUGUAGCUGUUACAUCAUUUGACAGAUUGCAGAUGAAAAUGAAGAUCAAUGGCACCAGUCUAGCUUUUGCCAUCGACGGCUCCUUUUACAAGAGCGGACAGCAAUCCGACGGCGUGCCGUUUAGCGGUCAGCUGACAUACGAAGGGAGCUCUUCGCACUUGCAGGGAGAUUUUAGAACCCAGUCUGUCUGGAGAAACGCUUUUGGGAUUGAGUACUUAGCUAUGAACAAUCUGCGAUUAGGGUUAUCCCUGCCCACUGACCAAUCACAAAAGAGCAGUAUAAGAGGGGAAGCUGACCUUAAGUUGGGUUCUGGUUGCAACGCAACUCCUAGUGGGGAAAACAACUCCAUUAAGAAAAAUUGCGUCACUGGGCAUCUGUACUUGGGUUUCUCAGAUGAGUCCGCUGACCAUUUCUUCUAUGGCUCGCUGGCUCCUGUCAGUUUACAAAAGCUGCUUGAAGUGUGCAACAUUAAACACAAGCUGCCUGGUGCUAUGGCAACCGUAGGAUUUCCUGAAGGCCUUCAGAUCUCUGUCGCCAAAGGAGCACACGACCUUCGUUCUCUUGGCGGACCAAACCUUAAACCGGGCUUCAUAUUAGAGGGCAAGAUGAGUGUCUUGGGAAUUGAAACCACUGGUGCAAUUUCACUGCUACCGAGAGAGUUUCUGAUUGACGCAAAAGUCAUGUCAGACGAGACUCCGGCGACCCUUGAUGACGUCACACCGUUGUUUUUGCCAAGUUCUGAUCCUGAAGAGACACCCAAGGUAUUCCUGCAGGCUCGAAUAGAUCCAGUCCCAUUUGUGAAGGUCGACGGUUACGCUCGGCUGUUUGGAAUAUUCAAGGAAGUGCGCAUGCUCGUCACCAGUGAUUCUCUGCAAAUGUAUCUAACAACUGAAGUGAACAAGUCAUUCAAAAUCAAUGUUCACGUGACCACAAAUUACAGCUCGGAUCGAAAUGAGACUCAAUUCAAUGCUACGGUUGUCUUUGACAAUGGUUUAUCUAAGUUAACUCGUCUCGCCUCAAAGCAAGUGGUGUUUAUGCUAGAGUCGGAAAUGUCAAAACUGAAAUCAGCCAAGGGAGAAGUCCAGCGUCUCAGAAGAGAAUGCGUGAAAACGAUCAAACGUGAAUGUUCUAGCUGCAUGAGCCAUGGAGCGUGUGCAAGUUCUCUCUCAAACUUUGACACAGACAGGGCGCUAAAACCAUCCACAAACACUUCUGAAAGGAAACGAGAUACAAAACGAACGAGAUCGACCAUGGACAUCUGUCACCAGCUUGUUCUGGAUCGUUGCCUGGCAACCGAGACCGCACCCCACAAUGUUUGCAGAUUUAUCAGUUCAAAACUGAACAAGACAUGCGCAGCUCACGAGGCUGCAGCCAAUUCUCAGAGAGAGCUGGAGCGAGGGUUGCGAUGGGUCAAGCAAGCCGAGCAGUUUAUGUACAGCGAUUUGUUUCAAAUUCACGCGAUUUCGUUCAAGACAAAUGUUACUUCGGCCAACCUGGAGCAGCUUUAUUUGGACACUGUUUUAGAAGUCACAAUAUUUGGACAAAGACAGAGGCUUGACGGGCUAAGGAUGGAUUUUAACGAAUUCGUGAAAUUAUCCUCAGAGAUCGCAAAGUACGCGAUGGACUGGUACCAAAAGACCCAGCCCCAGUCCAAAUCAAAAUCCCGUCACCCUGACAACAGGCCCAGGCAGUAGUAUUGACAAUGGCGUGCAUUAUGACAAACAGUUUCUGACAGGAAUCAAUGUUUCAUGAUGUGUAAAUUAAAGAUCCUACGAUCCGUAGCCACUGAUAGUGGCCAAUAAAUGGUCGAGAACAACAAUAGGUUUAGAUGUAAAGUAAAUCGUUUUUUUCAGUCGUGUAAAGUUUGGAAUAAUCUCCCGAUGUUACUUUAUAGCUAAACGAGCGAAAGUGUCGUAGCUACGAAAACUUGGUCAUUUUGCUAACCUUAGUUGUGAGGGAAAAAUCUUCCCAUUCAUUUCUUUCAAGCCAUACAAUGUUAAGAAAAGAACUUCAAGGCAAAGUUUAACUGUACUACACUUUAGGGCAGAAUGGUUUGUAGAGGGAAACCAAUUAUGCUGACAAUUAUGUCGGUGCUAAAUGUACGAGUAUCAUGUGUAGUUUAGACAUUCAAGUUCUUAGUUCUUCGGAUAGUUACAAAUAUCAUGAAUUUGAAUGUACUAAGGGAUAUUGUAAGGUAUUGUUAUCAGAGAGAGGAAUUUCUGCAAUUUGAAUUGAUCAGCUAAAAGGUUGACAUUAUAAAGCAGGCCCAAAAAUUAAUCAAAUUGGUAUUGGAAAUUAUUGACAUUUACUAAAGGGAGCCAAAUAUGUUGCGGCCCUUGCUUAUUCUUCGGUUUUAAAUUAGAACUCAGUCCUAACUCUCCUCACCGAAGAGGAAAUUAGCUGAUAAGCUUAGCUGAUUUUUAUUGAAGUUCCUUUUAAAGUUGUAAAUUGAAGAUGAGAUAAACACUUUCCCUUUUUUUGUUAACAAGGUUUUAGGAUUUAGAUUCUCAGCGAGUGAGAAUGGGAGAUUCCAAACAUUCACAAUCAGUAAUAACUGAACUAAAGCCUGCUUAACAGUUUACUGCUUUAUGUAGAACUGUGGACAUCUCGUCUUCUUUCUAAUUAAGCGUCCAAAGGAUUAGGCUUUUGUCAAACACUGUACAGAAGAGGAGAAUGACUUGUCAGAAACUUCCAAAGCUUCAGUGAUUAGUGACAAAACCUAACCCCGCAGUGGUUUCAAACAGUUUACCACUUCAUGUAUAUGAUAUUUAAUUAUAAACAAGGAAUUUCCAGAGGGAAGAUUGUACGUAGCACCUACGAUAUGUGUUAGGUCAUGUUUUGUUUGAACAUAUACAAAGCCAAAUAAAGUAACUUGAGAAGAAAUCUGUA